UCAGAUCUAAAUGUAUUAAGGAAAUGGAGAGAAUUUGAGGGAACUUGGAAAGGUGAGGGCCCUAAGGGAACCCGGAGCCUGGGAGCUGGCAGUGAAGAGCCAGGAAAACAGACCAACAACAGUUGAUUGGGUCUGAAGAAGAUAGGGAAAAGAGCCCCGAGCAAGGCCAGGCUUCCAGCCAGUGGGACCACAAAAGCAGGUGGGCCGUCUUCAGCACCACACACCUAAAGACUGCUUGGAGAUCCAGCUUCUUCACUUCCACUGCAGAGCGCAGCAAUGUGGAAUUACCUGUCCUUGCUGCCUGUCAUCUUAUUUCUGUGGGCUAUAGCUGGCAUCUGGAUUGUUUUUGCAAUCGCUGUGGUUAAUGGUUCUGUGGACCUCAACGAAGGCUUCCCUUUUAUCAGUAUCUGUGGCUCUUAUGCUCCUCAGAGCUGCAUUUUCGGCCAAGUCCUCAAUAUAGGAGCUGCUCUAACUGUUUGGAUCUGCAUUGUGCGUCAUCACCAACUCCGGGACUGGGGCGUCAAAACCUGGCAAAACCAGCUAAUUCUGUGGUCGGGGAUCCUUUGUGCCCUGGGUACCUCCAUAGUAGGCAACUUCCAGAGAUCCCCAAUACCCCAAAGCUGGUCAAGAGAGACUCACCGGAGAUGAGAGUAAAGGUGACUGAGUAGAUGCCACCUCCACUGCUGCCAUCUCUUCGGGGUGAGGGUUCUGGACCCUCAGAGGAGCUGAUGUCCACCUGAAAGCGGACAGGCUUCUGGAAGACGGAGGGGCCGCCGCUGGCCUUGUAUUCGGCCCUGAAGCUGGUCUGUGACAGUACACUGUGACUCAGGCUGGGGAUCUAGAAGGUACGAAUAUAAAUAAGGAUGAGGUGAACUGAGGGAACAGAUAACCGUCCUACACCUGGCUCUGGACAAGGAACAAGUCCCAUCAGCAAUGGGUAAGAGGAUAACAAAUUAGGCUUGGGAGGCCCCACUGCCCACUGGCUCGUCUUCUGUAGGUCCCCUGCCCUAUGUUCUGAAGAAUGGAUCCUAAACUCAUGUGGCCUCUGAUAUUUACAAGACAGUUCCAGGCUCCUGCACCAUUUAUGGAAUACACCUUUCUUUCCUCUACAAGUCACAUGUCUUAGUAACUGAAAAUCCCAUCACAGUCCUACAGCAAAGGGCUGCGGGAAUGGUAUUAAGUAGGAAGCAUUAAGGUCCGUGGAGAAAGGUCUCUCCUUGGACCACCCCCUCAGAUCUUUUGGCAUGGCAAGGCAACCCACUCAUCUUCUGCUGGUACUCAGGAACCUGUUUUUAGGGUCUUACUUCACCACUUUUAGGCUUUAGGCCCAAGAGUCUGUGCCUGCCUCCCUGUUCCGUAGUGAUCAAGGUCACCUCUUGCUGGAAAACUACAGAUCCCAUGAGUCUCGGAAGUAAGUCUGGCCAUGGAUGGAGUGGCAGGGAGGCAUAGCUUUGUGGUCCGAUAGGGAUGCCAGGACUCUCACCGACAGAAAGGCAUGGACAAUGUCCGCUUUGAUGCUGCUGAGAGGUUUGUCCUUUAGCACGAGGAAUAUUUGUUCUUCUUUGUCCAAGGAGAUGAAAUUCCCGAACCAGGAGCGUUUUGCCAGCCUGGGUGGAAUGGGAUAGAUAGGAAGAGGAGGGAGGGUCAGGAAGGGGUUAAAAGACAAGUCCCCUUGCUGCCCACUUAGUUUCUUCCCUUGUUGAACUCACUCAGGAGAGGAUUCUGGUGUCAAACUGGACAUCUCCUCGGCGGUAGGGACUAGUUAGAGAGAGAAGAGGGAGUAGUCAACACUUACUUAUAAUUUAUCAUCCAGCACCCUGUGGAUUCAGUCAUCUCCCAAAUGGCUAACCCUAACUCGAGUAGUCAGUCCUGGCCCUUCUGGAUAGACAGUGUGGCUAGACCACAUUCCCCGGGUAGGCACAAGCUCCUACAGACCAAUGAGUAGGCGAGAGUACACCGUGGCAGGACCUGUUCCCAUCACCCUUCAGCCCCCAGACCUGCCUCUCUCCGAACGUCAUCAUCACCUUUAGAGUCUCGGGAUUUGGGAAUCAGGCUCUCUUUCCUACCUGAAGACCCGCCAUGAAAUUUUCCAUAUGACGUUUAGCCCCUCCUUCCCACAUUAGAAUCCAGCAUUUGGCAAACCUAGCCCAGCAUCUGCUGAGACCCUUACCCUGCAUCUUGCGCCGGUGGAAGCGAGGGGAGCCCAGGAAGCUGUUGCGGAUGGAGUUGAGCCGACUUCUCCAGGCGGCUCCCCCGACGCCACCGCCUGGGCUGGGAGGUGGCGUCGUUCCUGGGGUCCCCGUAGGGCUGGCUCGAGGCGUGUGCAGAGGUGAGUGCAAGGGGGUUCCGCCGGAGGAGCGCGGGGAGCCUGGUGGUCCAGGCAAGGGCGUGGAACGGGCACUGGGGGGUGGUGGCUGCUCUCCAGCGCCCCCACCUCUGGGGCCCCGAGAAGGCAGCGUCUGUGUUUUGGAAGUUGGGGAGCCUCCGCCUCUAGCCUCAUCUCCAGCGCCUGGCUCCGGUGAGAAGGAAAAGACCGGACUCUGUAGAAAAGCAGGGCCUAGUGACAAUUUGGACUACAACUUCCCGGAGGGAAUUGUUAUUUGGGAUUAAUUGUUACUUGCUCAGAAUCGCUAGGGAGGACUGCAAGACAUGCUGGGAAUUGUAGUUCAAUCAGCCCCACCCACCACUCUGGAUUUAGGCACAAGUACUGUCUCCAAUUUACACACUAAGGCUGCAACCCUAGCCUAAGCAGAAAUUGGCACGCUGAAAGUACUCAAAGAACUUCUGAUAAAUAAUUAAAACCCCCAAAACAUACUACAAACCC